UCGUCAUUGGCCCAGCCUUCGGGUGGUGUGAUUUGCGACUUGUUUCGAUUAGUUUUGGUAUGCAGGAGGACUAGGUGGGGAGCGUACGUUGGUCAUGACGUCGACGAAGUCGAAUUUGCGAUGGGUUGUGAUUUUGCUGAUUUGCUGCGACUAUAAUUGAGGAUCGAUUAUGAAUAGGAAGGAGGAGGGGAUUGAUUGAUAUGUGUUCGCCUGAGGGGUGUUUCUGGGUAAAUCCUUGUGACCGUGCAGAUCACCUAGUAUUGCAAACUUUCAACUGGCAAAUUGUGAAAAUUAAUUACGAUACCUGCAAUACUCGGGGAAUUCCUCUCUUCAUAUAUGAGUGUUCAUCCCACCACAAAAACGACGCACUACCAAUCAAUACUACAGACCUACGCGAUGGGUCGUCGCCGUGAGGAUAAAGGUUUUCUCAGGUUUAGAGACUGUAAGCUGAAAGAUCUUUACAGGUACGAUAGGGACAAGAUCUAUGACUUCCUAGAAACUGAAGUGCAUUACAGUGAAGAGCCCAACAAAACAGAGCUUGACGAGAUUCGAAACCGUAUUCUGGCCUUGAGUUUGGGUAGACUAGGCAACGAGCAACAUCCACGCGACGAACAUGAUGGUACCGACUAUACCAACAGUACCCUGCCUCCAGCUCAGCACAUUCGUCGCCGAAUAAAUCCAGACUGGAAAGAAAAGAGCAAGACUAUUUCCAAGUUCCAUGUGGACCAUCAUGAACAGGGCGCAGGUGGUUUCGAGCAGGCCACGGACCCGAAAGCCCGAGCACUCAAAUACUGGAGUCCCUAUGACCUCUUGGGCUUAUUUCUAUCACGGCUUGAUUAUGCUCCAGUUGCUGCUAAUGAAGACAACUUCUUUCUUCCUCUGACAGCAGUCUACGGCAAAUGGUGUAGUAAUAUUGCCGGUAACACAAGUACAGGUAUUAAACUGAAAGGUGUCGGAGACCCUCCAUUCAUGUUUCAGUGCACAUGGGUGACACAUCGAGGAGACAAGAAGCAGUUCUUCUUGGGGGCCUCACUGGCUGGAUAUGAAUGGGCAAAGGAAUCCACUGGUACAUGGGAGAGCGAAUUAAAACUAGCGCGGUUUAAUCUAGUGCGGGAUCUACUUACGUCUACUGAGAAUGGGUUCAAGUGGACAUUUGACUCGUCACGCAAUCGUAUACCGGUGCCGGAUAAGGACAAGAAAACGGGAAAGAAGCGAAAAAGUCUGAAUCAGGUCUUAUGGGAAGCAAAGUCGGAAAUGGACGUCUUUGUUCAAGCACACGGGGAGGCAACCGAUGCCAUGCCAGAGGAUUUGCGAACCCGAUUUAAUCAGAUCCCACUCGCUGUACAGACCUUUUUGAGGGAAAAUUACGGACCGUAUAAUCCGCAAAAUGAUUUGGAUAAAGCAGUCUGCUAUCUCCUCGAAGCAUUAGGUAAAAGCAAAAACAUCCAGGAUACUUUCCGGAAAUUCAGAGCAACAGUCGAUCAAAAACUGUGGAAGAGAAUCGGGACUCGGUUUGGAAACUGUGCAGAAACAUAUCCAUUUCUCAAUCUCUUGCAACCGGGUUUUGUUCGUCCUGCAAACAGUUUGAAAGGAUUUGCUCUAUCAAGGAAACAUUUUUUUGGUGAAACACCCCAGCAUCCUCCACCCCCCGAUCGUGUUCUUCAAGCGUAUGAUCCUCAGAAGAUUGCCAAUUGUGUCGAAACGCCAUGCGACAACUUUACAAAUACACAGCUUGAAACUUUCAAAUCCCUCAGUCCGACCUACUACGGAGCAUGUAUAUCCAAAAAUGCCUCAUUUGAAUAA